AUGUAUAAAGACAUAGAAGAUAUUCAAGAUGAUAAUAAAAAUAACAGGAAAAAUAAAAAAAGCGAGCAUCCUAUAGAAAAGGUCAUAAUUAGAGUAAAAAGAAGAAUCGAUGAUACGAGUAUUCCAUCCAUUUAUGUAAAGAAAUCUAAUAAAAGGAUAUGUAAUGGCGAUUUUUAUAAACAUAUUGAUACUAUUAUACCAGAGGAAGGUCAGCAUGAAAAAAAUAUCGACUGUAUAAAUUUAUUUUUAAAACAUGAAAAAGAAAAUUAUGAAAUGAACAACUUGUAUGAAAAUUUAAAUAUUGAAGAAGAAAAGAGAAAGCGAAAAUUAAGCAGCCUGAAAAAUUAUGAAAAAGAUUUAAAACAAACCAUUAAUAAAUUAAAGAAAUAUAAAAUUAUAAAUGAAAAUAUUCAAUAUAUUAAUUUAGAUGGUAAUGGAAAAGGAGUGUAUAAAAUAAUCGAUGUGGAUAUAAACCAAAAAGAAAAAGAAAAAAAAAAAAAAAAAAAAAAAAAAAAUGACGAUGAUGAUGAUGAUGAUGAUGAUGAUGAUAAUGAUAAUAAUAAUAAUAAUAAUAAUAAUAAUAAUAAUAAUAAUAAUAAUAAUGAUAAUAAUAAUAAUAAUAAUAAUGAUAAUAAUAAUGAUAAUAAUAAUAAUUAUUUUAAUAAUAAUAAUGAAUAUAAUAAAAGUGUAGAAAAACAAGAAAAUGAUGAUAAUAAAAAUUACGAAUAUGAUUUAUACAUAUUGGAUGAAGAAAAAAUACAAUUACAUAAUUAUAUGGACUAUCUUUAUGAUAUAAAAAAUAAUAACGUUGAUUCUUCUGAAAUUUUAGUUUUAGAAGAUAUUUAUGGAAAUAAUGAAAAGGAGUAUGAAACAAAUUCUUUUUCAUCAUCUUCCAUAUCUGAUAGUAAUUCAGAAAAAGAAAUGUCUGAUUAUCCUGACGAAAGUUCAAGUGAAAGAAAAUAUGAUAGUGAUUAUCAAAUGUCUGAUGAUUAUAUUCAAAAUAUGCUAAAUAGUGAUGAAUUUGAAGAUAAUAUACAAGAUCACUUUAACGAAAAUGAAGAUCAUUCUUUCGAUGAUAAAGAAGAUCUUUUUUUUAAUGAUCAAGAUGAUUUUUUAUUACAUGAUGAUAAUAUAGAAAACAAUUUUAAUAAUAAAGAGUAUGAUAUUUUUGAUGAUAUUAAUAUGAACAUCCAAUUUAAUGCUAAUAUAAAUAACAAUUUUGGUCAUAUGGAUUAUUCAAAUGAUCAGGUAAAUAGCCAAAAUGAUGAUGAUCGCUUUGAAAAAAAUAGCCUAAAAUAUUUUGAACAUGCUAAUAAAAAUAUGAACAGUUCAGGUAAAAAAAAAAAAAUGAAUGCACAUAAUAUGCAAAAUUAUAUAUCCCAAAAUAAGGAAAAGGGAAUGACAUCAUAUCAGAGGCGAAUAAAUGAUUUAAACUUUGAAGAAAAAAUAAAGGAAGAGUUAGAGAAGAGAUUAAAAAAUAAGAAUUCAAAUGUAUUGAAUGUAACUUUAUCAGAUAAAUUGAAAAUAUUGGAGCAGAUGGAAAAGGAAUAUUAUGAAGAAUAA